GAAACAAGAGCCUGUUGGCUCAUCCAAGCGCCAUGAUGUGCGCUCCAUCAUUGCCAGUUCUCCUCGACCUUACUCUGGACUGUCCGCUCAUCUAGAGCUUAGGCCAGAGCACAGAGGGUCUGACAGGGCCCUCUAUGAGGAGGUAGGGUGCAAAUCCCGACCAAGCGCUGUGGUCAGCACCCCCAGCUCUCUGUCCCGUACCUCUCCAUUGGCACUCAUUGGAGAGCAAAGCAGCAGACCCCACCACAGUCCAGUGGGCUAUGAAGAUCACAAAAGAUCCGGCUACCCUCCGCCCUCACACAGAGCCUCUCCACUGUCUGGGAGAGAAACCUCACAGCGUGCACAUGAAGGCUCUAGUAAGGCCCAGCAGCAGGAGAGAAAAGCCACUCCCACCCCUCGAGAGAUGAGCUCCACCAAGUCUCCACUGGCAGUUGGUGAGCACACUGCGUCUUUGGCUUACGAGAGGAUCCUGCAGGGGCUUGGAACUGAGAUGUUCCAUGGCCAGAUACCUCUAUCGUUUGACCCUGCAACUCUUCCCAGGGGAAUCCCGAUUGACCCAGCGUAUUACCUGCCUCGUCACCUGGCCCCUGCCCCUGGCUACCCUCACCACUACCCACCCUACCUGAUUAGAGGUUUCCCUGAAACAGCAGCCCUGGAGAACAGACAAACGCUCUUCAACGACUACAUUACCUCCCAGCAGAUGCACCAGUGGCCAGCCGCUGCUGCCAUGGCUGCCCAGAGACCUGACCUGCUCAGAGGCCUGACGCCUCGAGAGCAGUCCCUUAACUUAGCCUACUCACCCACACCCAGAGGAACAUCUGCAUCGCCCAUGAAUCGUAUCACAUACAUCUCAGGAACCUCUCCAGCUUUCCCCAGCGGAGCCUACAACACCUCUCCCAUCUCACCAGUGGGAGCCUCUCACAUGAGCAAGAUCCAAGGCAGUUCGACAUCCUCAGAGAGAGAAAGAGAACGGGAGAGAGAGAGAGAAAGAGAGAGGGAUCGUGAGAGAGAGAGAGAGAGGGACAGGGAACGAGAGAGAGAGCGUGAGAAAGAUCGGGACAGAGAAAGAGACAAGUCCCUCGGUCAUGGUAACGUGGAACAUGCCCCUAUAUGGAGACCAGGAGCUCCAGAACAGAUGGGUGGCAGCAGCAGCAGCAGUUCUCGUCCCCCAUCUCAUCCAUACAGUCACCAGUCGUCUCCGCUCUCCCCCCGUCCCCAGGACUGCCUGCAGCAGAGACCCAGUGUUCUGCACAACACCAGCUCAAAGAGCCUGCCCAAUUCUGAGCACAAUAGUCCCUCUGUGCUGCGGCCACCGGGCUCUGCUCGCUAUCAGGGCUUUAGUGGGCACCUUCGGUCUGGUCUAGCCAAUGAGGGUUACCCAUCUGGUACAGACUCAAACGCUAAAGACUCGAGCAGAGAUGGGGGCAAGAGCCAUGGGCGUGGAGGUCUGCCCAAACAACAAGACCUUUCAUCCUCCAGCCCUGGUGCCGGUGGUUCAUACCCCUCUCCUUACAACCAGGCCUCUGGUGCCCACCUUGGUCUGCCCACAAGUCGAGGGCACCACUUGCUGACUUCCGAAAGCAACAGCGGCAGCAGUUCCAUCCCGUCUCGUGGUGGGGAUGGCAUCAGCAGCGCGUCAAGUAGGGAAAAGACUCAAAACAAAGUGAUGUCCAUACAGGAACAUGAACUUCGAGCACUCGCUCACCAAAAGGCACUAGAACAGCUGUACGGGUCUGAGGACAGACUUUCUCCAGGUCAGCAGCCGCCGUCUGCCGUCAAAGGCUCUCAGAGAGUGGUCACCCUCGCCCAGCACAUCAGUGAGGUGAUCACUAAAGACUACACACGACAGUCGCAGCAAGGCCAGAUAGGUGGUCAAUCAUCUCUACAGCCUGUGUUUGGGUAUCACAACUCCCCUGUGCUGGAUCUCACCCGUCCUUCCAGCGCCCCCCAAGCCCAGACCCCAACAGACCCCAACGCCCGCUAUACCCCAGAAGGCACUGCUGCUGAGAGGGAGAGAGGGAGAGACAGGUCUCCUCCUCAGAGUAAGGCCUCUCCAGUUUGUCUGGCUGCUGAUGGGAUUGAACCCGUUUCACCACCAGGGGCCGUUUCAGAGCCGGAGACGCCAGGAGCCGCCUACCCUAAUGAACAAGCAGAGCAGGGUAUGGGAUCUCGUUCUCCGGCCAGUAGCUCUCAACCACCAGCUUUCUUCAGUAAACUGACUGAGAGCAACUCUGCCAUUGUCAAGAGCAAGAAGGAAAUGAUUAAGAAGAUGGUGGUCGGCGCAGAGGCUGAAUUUAACCAGGGCCAACCUGGGACAGAAAUCUUUAAUAUGCCUGCCUCUACAAAUGCAGCACCCGUGAGCGUGCGCAGUCACCCAGCACCAGAGGCCAGUGGUAAUACUAUAGGUCUGGAGGCCAUCAUCAGGAAAGCCCUCAUGGGCAAGUAUGAUGAACAGAUGGAUGAUCGCUCACCGUCCAACUCUGUCAACUCGAUGAGUGUUGGUGUGCCAGCUGCUGUUGGGCCGCCAGCUUCAGCGGAUGGGCGUUCUGAAGACCCCUACUCCCUGCCAGUCAAAUCCAAGGGAGGGCGCUCUAACGGUCGCAAGACUAAGUCUCCUGGUCUGUCUGGAGGAGAGAGACCUUCAUCUGUGUCCUCUGUCCACUCUGAGGGAGACUGUAACCGUCACACCCCACUCAGCAACAGAGUGUGGGAGGACAGACCCUCAUCUACAGGCCCCACUCCGUUCCCCUGUAAUCCCCUGACCAUGCAGAUGCGUCUCCCCAGCGGGAUGAUGUCGGGACCCUCACCUUCCCCUACGCAGCAGGGCACGUCUGUACCUCCACAGGGCCAGACUCAACCCCGCACCUGGGAGGAAGAGCCCAAACCUCUGCUGUGCUCUCAAUACGAGACCCUGUCAGACAGCGAGUGAACACACACCUCACGCCGCAUACACUAGGACUGAACGUUUGCUGCUUAUGAACAAAAACUUGUUACUGUAAACAGGGAUGUUCGUGAACACACACGUACUCAUGUCCACACUGACAUACACUUACGGGAACACACACGCCAUCUGCGCUCAUGCCCUCUGAUACCUCUAAACAUAUUCAUACAUACAGAGACACACAUCCCAUAACCCACCCCAAGCGCGCACACUCACGCCAUUAGUGGAAGUGCAUUAAAUGGCUGCAGACGCGUGUUGUGUCAGUGUGUUUGUGAAUGCGCACACAUGUAUUAGCGUGUGCAUCACUCCAGGACUACUUGUAGGAUGAAUCACUUUUUAGUUUUUUUUUUAAUAUGAAUAUAUAUAAAUACUCCUAUUUGUGUCGUCUUGCAGGCCUUAUCAGAGUUGACUCAUGGACUGAAUCUGUUUUGUUGACGCGUUUUGGAGCAUUCCUCAGACUGCUCAGGACACACCUUUAUACUGUAAUACAACUGCAAAUUGUUUGUUUUGUGUGUGUGUGUGUGUGUGUGUGUGUGGUGUAAUGCAAAGGCUGGAUGAAUCCUCUGCAGAAAUGAGCACCCACCCACACACACGCACGUAUGCCCUCAUGUGCAUCUGCAGUCCUUCAUGAUGGUUCAUGUGUUGCCAAGAUGAGCCUGUUGUUGUUGUUUUUUACGGAUCUGAUGCUGUUGGGCCUUCCGAGUAUGUGUGUGAUGAAACAAGACCUUCAGAGAAGCACGUUAGCCAAUCCCUGCACUAAACUGUACUGGUAUUUAAGCAGAUUUAAUUUUAUCCUGUAACAUUCUGUCCUUACCUUGCUACUUCUGAGAGUUUACAUGGGCGGCCAAAUCAUUGGUUUACAGGGUACACAUAAUGUUCAUUUGUUGACAUCAAACCUUCAUUUUUUACUUUAGUUUUGACAUUCAGAAGCGUCUCUAGCUGACCAAUAAUACGUUGUCUUUUCAGUCGUCUCUGUGAUAGUUGAUGGGAGAUGUUUUUAGUUUUAAACUUUUUUUUAUGUACAUGAUCCUUGUUUGGAAGGUUUUUUGUUUUUUUUUGUGAUGAGUUAAGCACUUAGUAGGCAAACGGUUCCUGUCUGUGUCCUUUAACGGACGCUGACCUGAAUGCAACUUUUAAUACAGCAUUUAUUUGUUUACUUUCUUAUACAGUAUUUUGUUGAUUUGUUUCGUCACCUACCUAGUCAAGUGUUCCACACUCUAGCGACAAUCACUGGCAGAGAGUUGAGCGAGUGGACACGUCUUUAGGGGAAGCUGCUUUGUCAGGUCUGAAUGUUCCCAGUAAACCUGAUGUUUUUCACGUCAUCUAUUUGUUGAAGAGUUAAAGCCAUGCUGUCUGGCCAGUCCUUUGACAUGACACUCACUGAGAGCUGCUUUACUUUUGCUCUUUGUGCUUGACCGAAGGGUUCGGGAUGUUUUUUUUCUUCCUGUGGGCGAAUUUGAGGAGAUGAUGUAUCCUGCGUAAUAAAAUAAAGAGGUGAGCAGAUGCCACACCUCAUAUAACCUGUAGUCCUUCACUCUGUACAGUUUUAAAUAUAAUUCUAGUGUUAAGUGCCAUGUAUUUGACAUAUACAUUUCUGAAGUUAAAACUACCAAGUGACUACGCACAAUUGUUUGUUUUUUAAAAUUUGUUUCUUUUCUCCUUGCUAUGUCAGGGUUGUACAAUUUGUCACACAGGCACAAUUUAAAACCAUGAAGGAGACAUUUACCGUGUCAGUCUCCUCUCCAAAAUGCCUCUUUUUUAGGACCACCUCAGCGGUGUGGUUACUAAUUGUUUUUGCAUGCAUAUUAGAUAUAAUGAAAUGUUUUAAUUCGUAUUGUUUAACUUUUAUUUGUCACAUGGUUUUACUAUGAAAGGUAUCUUUAACAGUUCAAACUGCAAUACUCAAUGUAAUCUCCAGACUGGGGAUAUUUUUGGAAGCUAAUUAAAGGAUGAAACUUAAAGUUCAUCAGUGGGUUUUAUCCGGUUUGGGAGCUUUUGUUAUUGCUUUGGUGAUCGAGGACAGAUUUAGUGCACUACCUAGUGUGGUUUUGUAAAAAGGGGCUUUAUCUUCAGUCACUUCAAUCCCAAAUACACUCAUAUCAAGAUCCCUGAAUGGGGUGUGUGAACAGUAGCUAUACUUUUUUUUUUUUACACACCAUAACUUCUUCACAAACAUCCCAGAAUGCUCUGCUCUGAUUUUGAGAUUCAUUCUCUGACAUAUCACUCCAGACAGUAUUGUAUUUAGUGGACAAGUCUCUCUAAAGUUCAGUGUUUUCUUGUACAACGAGCCCUCUUUCCUCUAAAUUGACUGUUUGACCUUUUUACUGAGGACAGUAUUGCACUUUCCUCAGAUGAGGAGGCAUUCUCAUUUGUAACUGAUAAACAUAAAUGAAGCUGAGAGAUUAAAAUAAAUGAAGAGGAGAGAGGUGGGAAAACAGUAGUAAUAGUCGCCCCUCUUAAGAUUGGAAAGGUUAAGUGGGUAUUUGGGUGGCAUCUGUUUUUGUACAACCAUUUUGUGCAUAGUGCAUUUUGUUUUUGUUUUGUAUUAAGACCCACUGUAUUAUAGCGAGGAGUGUAAAUAGACCUAAAAGGAUGUACAUAUUUAUGUGAUUUGCUGCAAGAUUGAUAUUCACACUGUUGUAUUUCAACAUGGCCACCAGCAAGCUUUGUGGAUAGCAGUGUAAAAAUUAAAUUGAAAAAAAAAACAGACACUGCCUUAAUGUUUAAAUAAAAAGCUUAUUGCCA